CAGUGGCUCGCCCAUGUGUCCGUUACGGCAGUUUACGGAAGUGUAACCACCCACUACAAAGAUGGAGGACGAUAUCUCAGAUUUGAGCAGACCACAAAUGUACUUGUUUGGUUGUACCCUGAAAUCGGACAAACGGGAGUUCAAAGUUGACGUAGACGACGAUGACACGGAACAGCAGCUGUCACUUAAAGCAGUUUGUCUAGGAGCCGAGGCGGAGGAUAAGUUCCACAUGGUGGAAGUUGAAGGCCUCACUUAUGAUGGGAAAACGACCAAAGUGCCACUAGUUGCCCUGAAACCUUCCGUCCUGCCCUCUAUGACUUUAGGUGGGUUUGAGAUUACUCCUCCAGUUACCUUCCGUCUCCAGUCUGGAUCUGGACCAGUUCACAUCAGCGGGCAGCAUUUUGUUAGUGUGAAGGAUUCAGACGAUGAAGAGGAAGAGAACAAUACGUCUCCGGUGAAGCGGCCUGCAGCUCUGCAGUUAGGGAAGAGGCCUCUGAUGAAAAAGCUAAAGAUGGAUUCUGAUGAUGAUGAUGACGAUGAAGACGACAGUGACGAGGAUGAUGAUGAUGAUGAUGACAGCGAUGAUAAUGAGGUGAAAACUCCGAAGAAUGUCGGCAAAGCGCUCAAAACAAGUCCGGAGUCUUCACCUAAGAAGCCCAACAAGACUCCAGGAAAACAAAACGGCCCUGCAGGAAAACCCUCAGGAUCAGCAGUCAAACCACAGAAUAAGACACCUGCCCCAGGAAAAGACAAACCCCAGGCUGGCCCAUCUAAAUCUCCGUCUCUGACUGAGAUUAAGAACAAGCUGUCAACGGCAGCCAAGGAGGGGAGAGGACUACCGAAGACAGAGCAGAAGUUUGAGAAUUUCGUGAGGAGUUCUUUUAAAAUCUCAGACAAAAAAGUGGUCGGAGAUCUCUGGAGUUUUGUGCAAACACUGAAGAUUGAGAAGAAGUAACGCACGCGUAUGUUGAAGCAUUUGUAUGUUUUGCAUCCUGCAAGAGAUUUAAAGGCACAGUCGGCGAGAUUUCCUACUCACCCUUACCUUGUCAGCACUGCUAAGGACUAUGAUCAGAAUGACUUUGUGCUGAAGUUUUUUUGAAGCCAUCGAUGCAUAGAUUCAAGUGUCAUUUUUUUAAAGAUGCAAAGCACCUUACAGAGCUGUUUCACUCACAAACUCACUUAUUUAUGUCUAGCCGGCUGUUGAUUUACACAAGGGGAAGUUUUGUAUUUUCUUAUGGAUAGUAUUGUUUUGUAGCAGCUAUCGGGGAGAAAGGUAGAAGCGCUGCCAGUUAGGUUCUGCAGAUGUCUGCCGCUGUCUACAGGAAAGAAAAGUUCCCAACAUUUGCGCCACCUGCAGGCAAUAACUGUGUCACCUGCAGAUUUUCAUAGUUGCAGUAAUUAAUAAAUUAUGUAAAUUAUUAGCUUACAACAAAGCUCAUGCUUGAAGCCAAAAACACAUUGGGGAUUAGACAUGAAGACACCAUCUUGGCACCAGUUUCUUUUUUCAUCCUACCAGGACUCACCAAAGACACAUAUCCUACACAUGAAACGAGGGCAGCUCCAACCUCAUUACUUGCAGGUGGUGAAAAGACAGAUUCAUGAAGCCGUUGUUUUCCUUGCCUGUAGAGAGCGAGAUUAGCAUCUCAACACCUUAUUUUCUUCAUGUACUGACAGUGCAGGUUGUGUUUAAACGUACGGUCCAGAGCUGUUAGUGUUAACCUGCUGCUUCUGCAGCUCUAUAAUUUAAUGAUUUUUGUCUAAGAUUGGUUUCAGGUGCUUCGCGUCUGUGACACUGUUCUUCUUCUUAAGUCAGUAAUGCAAUAGGAGAUAUUGCAGAAUGUGCCUUUAAACAUCUCUACUGUAAACUGAGAUAAAUCAUAAUCCCAAUUUGUGUGAACUUAAGCAGCAUAUACAAUGGUGGUGGUGAAGACGGCGGAUGCAAGAGUACAUUUUGACUUUUUUUUUUUUUUUAUUGUUAGCCAGUACCAAUAAGUGUUGUUUUGUUACUUUAUCUGGAUUUGCAAAGCAUUUAAGCUCGCAAGCAUGCUAGCAGAUUGUACAACUCAUUUGUGCUCUAAUUGCUUCAUUAAUACAUACAUUUAUGUAAUGGGAUUACACUUUUUUUUAAAUUUUGUUGCUUGAGUCAGUCAUAGCAAAUCCUGCAUCACAGAGUGCAGUAACUGCUUUUCCAGCAACACCAAGGGUUACGUUUCCCCCUGCAUGGAUUAUGUAAAUAAGCAAAAUGAUUCAAACAAUCCUGUGAAACAUUUCACCAAAAACAAAAUGCAAUUUAAAAGCAUUAAGAUCCUAUUAUCUACUGGGAUGUGUGUAGCUGCAGCCCUGCUAUUGUUACACAUCUGAUGAGCAGACAAGAAAUGUUGGAUUGCGUGUUUUUACCAGGAGCACGCCUGACUAUCCUGGUGUCAUUCUUAAUUUUUUUAAUACUUUCUGUACACAUGUACUUACGCCUUCACUGGUGUCAUCUUAACUUGCAGCUUGCAGCACGUCCACAUCAUGACUUCAUAUCAAGACCAUUAACACCUGUCAUAACCUGAGAAGGUAUUCAUUACAGUGACUACAGCCAAGAGCGUUCUGUGCUCUAUAAAACCAACACAGAUGCCCCGACUAAAAUGUUUUGUAGUCAUAUACAUUAUAUACAAAAAGUUCCAAACAAGGCAAAUUGUUAGAUUGUUAAUUCCAUGAGUGUAUUUACGAGUUGGCACGAAGACUGUUUUCAGUGUAGUUCAAUGUACUCUAAUGCGCUGAGGUCUGAUUACAAGCAGGGUAUCUUAUUUGCUACACCAAGAUCAUAAGGUAUUAGAAUAUUGUAUUAGACUAACAUGACAUCACCUUCACCAAAACCACAUAGGAACUCAACUCCGUAAUUGUUUUCACUCUUAUAAUGUAGUUUUCUGAUGACAAUAAGCGCUCGUUCUGAGCUUAUAAUGUGUUUGAGAUCCUGCCCAAUGCCCUUUAAGAGCCAAAUGCUGGUUGUGUACCAUCCUUAACCAGUCAAAUUGCUUGGCUCCGUCUUUGCCCAGUUCCUAAAUUAGAUGUGAAAUUUCUAAACUUUACUACAUCAGUUAAUUUAGGUCAUUAAAGUUGCCCUCACAGGUGAUCUAAAUCUAAUUAUUACAAGUUGGUAAUGUCCUUUUAUAGUGAGGUUUCAUUAGCAGCCCUUAAGUUUUUUGCUUUUGCCUUGUUCAUAGCAGAAUCCUUUGUCAGUGAUUUUUUUUAUGCUUCCGUCGUAUCAGACCUAAUGAAAGUUUCUUUCUGUAAAUAAAUGUCUUGCUUUUAUUCACAAAUGCGGCAGCUGAACAAUGAUGUUUUAAGUUUAUGCUUAAACUUCCCUUUCUACUGGCUGGUUUUUGAUUUCUUGUCAUAGUUUUCAUUUUAAAUGUGUUCUAGUUUGAUCUCAAGCUAAUGUGAAUAGAAAUCCCCUUUUUAAAAUGUUUAAAAUGCAGUUUUUGUUCGCCUUUUUUUCUAACCCUGCUGUUUGUCAUCCCUAUUUUGGUUCUGUACUGAGGAGUCCAGUCCAUGUCCCGUGAAAAAGAGAAACUGCUGCGUGUUAAAGGUUCAUUAUUUUUAAUAAGAGUUUUAAUUUGCAGCAAGUAGUAUGCAGUUGAGUUGUUACUUUUUCUUUUUUGUCAGUAGAUGAUAGGCUUUGGCACAUGAUCUCUGUACAAUGCUCCUUAUUAUGAUCAAAUAAUGAAUUUAGAACAGCAGAACCAAGCUGUCAUUCUGUUUUCUGCAUUUUAAGUUGUGGUAACCAUCCAUCGUGUCAGACCAAAGUAGUUCUGAGAUUUAUUGUGUAUUCUUCUUGCCCAUAUUAUUGCCUUGUGACAUGAAGCAUCCACCAUCAAUCAGAAAACAUCUUCAUUUGAACUGACGUGAAACAAGACUACAUGAAAUUAUAAUUAUUGUUCAUUUUGUCAAACCUUAUUGAUUAGUUCACUCAUGAUUGCUGAUGGUGCAAGAUGAACAUAUCCAUUCUUGUUUUGUUUUAGUUUUUUACCUACCUGUAAUAUUUACCUGAAUAAAAUCAAUUCUAGCUUG